AUGUCUAAGAAGUCGACUCGUACGGUCCAAAAAAUGGCCUUGGCCGUUUCGUGUGCAGCAAUUGUUGUCUCGCUGGUAUAUUUUGACUGGUUACGACCGCCACCUUUUUUCCCAACGCCAGCACCCGGCGGUACGCCCGAAGAGCAGACUUCUAGGCGCAGCGACAAUGACUUCGAGUUCAGGGCACGAAGAAUCAGCAAAGUGUGUCGCACGUACCAGAUGGCCCUGGCGGAUAACAACAGAACCAUACAAAAGCGCAACUUCGGCGAUGAACGGUCCACCUUCUGCAACAUCCGAGAAUGUCCCAUCAUGAUGGACCCCGUACGGAAAGUAGGCUACUGCUUCAUCAGCAAGGUUGCAUCCACCACAGUUAAGACCAUCUUCGGGCUUCUGCUCAACAUCAGCAACACGGGAAACACACUUAACAGCUUUCACAAGGCCUUCCAUGAGCAAGUCCUUACAGUCUCCCCCAUGACGUUUCUACAGAGGAGCAGCCAGGCGCGCUAUACAAGGGCCAUGUUCGUAAGGCACCCCUUCGAGAGGCUAGUAUCCGCUUACGUGGACAAGGCGCUAGGCCCACGUGCUGGCAAUGUCUAUUUCUACGAAAAGUACUGGAACGACGUGCCUGGCGUUAGGGAAACGGGCCGGAAUUUGACCUUCCCGGAGUUCAUCGACUACGUACUGAAUCAGACGGUGAACCAGAUGAACUCUCAUUGGGCUCCGUACUAUGUGAUGUGUCAGCCUUGUACCGUCAAGUACGAGGUGGUCGGAAAGCUGGAGACAGCAAGCAGGGACUUUGCGCUGUUCUUUGAAGCGCUGGAUGUUCGGCCGGAGGACAUUCCGCAGGAAAACAAAAGUGGCGACAACGUAUUGCGCAAGUCUGCCCAAGAGUUUUUUAAGGAGCUUACUUUCCAUCAGGUGAUGCGUUUAUAUGAGUGGUUCUUCUUCGACUUCGAGAUGUUCGGGUACGACUUUAGGGACUAUCUCCAGUGAAAGUGUGCGCGAAACCAAAGGAUGAGGCCAACAUCUAAGAGAGUUCUUCAAGGCCACUGCUUCAACAAAUCUGCAGUAGAAAAGCAAUCACUCAUGCCUGAAACCUAUAAAGUUUUAUUUUUCUUCA